UUGCAUAAGCUUCUAGUUCCUUAGUAAGCUUUUUUUUUUUUUUUUUUUUUUACUUAAUUACUUACUGGAGAAUUCUUUUUAAUAAGGAGAGAUUUCAGUAUGGUAUAAUUAGCUUAAUUGGACAGAGCGAAGUGACGAAUGUGAUAUGUGUGUAAAGACCCGUAAAACUAAUGAAGACCAACUAAACUGAUACCAGAAACUGGGCAUUCGCCGAUACCGCCCAUCAACCCUAAUCGUUUGCAUGGUAUUUAUAAAAUCACGUGAUCAAAUACCACAUGGAAACGCACUAGUUAUCCACAAGUACCAACGUAUAAAGAUAACACAAAAAACAAUCGGCGAGGAAGCGGUGCCUACUUGAGUGCCUCAUCGGAGAUCAGCUGACUGACGCAACAUGUCCGAGACUGGCGCUCUGCGAUGCCUCUUCAUCUUGGCACUUGUCAUUGCCGCAUCGCGCGCUCAGAGACAAUGCGGUGUCAGUCGCUUCAACAAACACAGGCAGCCACGGCCUUUGAACCAAGACGCCACAGCCUACGGAGACAGCGGAGGAGACUACAACUACAACAACUACAACAACGACGGUAGCUUCACGCAGGGGCGACUAAGGACGAAUAAUAGAAUGAUGGUUUUCGAAGACAUGUCGACUGGCCGCAUUGUAGGGGGCAAGGAGAGUGCACCCGGAGCAUGGCCAUGGCAGGUGUCCCUCCAGCUGAUUCAUCCUCGUUGGGGUCGGAUCGGGCAUUGGUGUGGCGGAGUCUUGGUGGACGAGCGCUGGGUGGUCACCGCCGCCCACUGUAUUAACAACAAGGCCUUCAGCUUCACCCAGACUGCUGCCGUGUGGCAGGUUGUCCUUGGGGAAUACGAUCGCUCCGAACGCAGCGGUCACGAGGCCGUGCUCGGGGUCGUCACCGUGGUUACUCACGACGACUUCAAUGACUACCAGAACGACAUUGCGAUGCUCAAGCUGCAGCCGUUGUCGAAAAUGGCCUCGCCCUCACUCACGCCCAUCUGUCUCCCGGACACCGUCCCGCUGCGCACCUUCUCCUUCGAGGGCAUGACCUGCUACGCCACGGGCUGGGGGCGCGGCGAGGCGGCAGGAGGAGGGCCGCUGCACGCGCGCCUCCAGGAGACGAAGGUACCCGUCCUGCCCACGCAAGUCUGCGCAGAGAAAUAUAACAGCACCCAGUACGGUUUUGCCAAGAUAACGGACGCCCACCUGUGCGCGGGCGUUCAGGACGGCUCGACGGGAACCUGCGUCGGCGACUCCGGGGGGCCUCUGCAGUGCAACAUGCGCGACGGCCGCUGGUACCUGGCCGGCGUCACCUCCUUCGGCUCCGGGUGCGCCAAGCCGGGCUUCCCCGAUGUGUACACGAGGAUCACGUAUUACCUGCCGUGGAUCAAGCAGCAGAUGAGGAUCUACAGAUGAUCCCGGAAGGAAGGGAUACGGAGGAGGACGACAUCGGGCAGCGGGAUGGACGGUUCUGCGGCAGGCGAUCGAAGGCUCCCUUUCGCAGUCGCUGAGGAACUGAAGCGUCCAGGACGUCUGCCAGGUCGUUAACCAGGUCGUCUGCCAUGCCGUUGACCAGCUCGUUUGCCAGGUCGUUAACCAGGUCGUUUGCCAUGCCGUUGACCAGCUCGUUUGCCAGGUCGUUAACCAGGUCGUCUGCCAGGUCGUUAACCAGGUCGUCUGCCAGGUCAAUUACCAGGUCGAGUAAUGUUUGGUUGGAGCGGGACAUCAAGUACACCCGAGUGAUAAACGUUUGUAAUCAGAAGGGUAUCAUCAGAUCUCCCGAACCGUGAUACACAAUCACGUCCAAACCACAGCGAUCAGCAGUUAAUCAGAGAAAAAAACAUCAGCGGACUUUCCCUCUGUUGAUCUCAAUUGCGGAAUCCAUGGCUGUUACACGGUACGAUAUUGUGAUUUUCUCCCCUGCCUGUUGAUGUUUUCCCCCAAACAAACAAGCGUGUGAGGGGAUGGCCAAUUCCACCGUGCUCGAGGUGGGGAAAAUUCAUUCAUGAAAAUUUGAUUAAUAGAAAUGAAAAAAAAUCGAUGAAGUGAAGCGAAAGAAAGGUCGCUGAAAGGCCAAUGUGAAUAAAGAUAGACAGAACAGUUUACGCGAAAGUUCACAAAGACAAAUGCAGUUAACGGCAUAUAAAAUACAGUUUUUUGAACCGUAUACAUUGGUUAAUAUAUAAAAAAGAUGGAUAUAACCAGAACCAUUAUCCAUAACACCACAACUAGUCAAACGGAGACAGGGAGUAGAGAAAACUUGAAGGACCAUUAGUGAAUGAACUAAACGUGAUAAAUUCAUGUCAUUUAGAAAAAAAAAAAAAAAUCACUACACGCUCUUGUUCCUUUAUUAAUCUUCGUAGAUAUAAAAUUCCGUAGAUAUUUUAUUGUUUUCUUUUUCAGUAAUGAUGGUGAAUCAUUAUAUGUUGUAUGAUAGUCUAUUGGUCGCUUGUGUCAGAACUUAACGUUAAUUUUCUGAAAAGGCAAUCUGCUUCUUGAACGAAGAUAGUGCAAAUUUUGUUGUCAUCUGAACCUCAUUUGAACAUAAAUGUAUCAUCACGAACAUUUUUUUAUUGUGUUCAUUGCAUCACAGUCAUCAACCUCGCAAAAUUUGCUCAUCGUCAUUGUUUCCUCCGAUUUUUCAUUUGUGAUUUUGACAAACAAAGAAUGAAAAUAAGAAUAGAUAUGAAAACUAUUGAUUGAAAUAGAUUUUGAAAUUACUAAAU